AUCUUGGGGAUUUUUGAGUUAAGCAAAUCUCUGAAGAGAUACGGUUGAGCUUCCCAUAUCUCUCUGCCUUCCCUGUCAUAAAUGCUGGAUCAGCAUUCGAGGGACGUGACAGCUAAAGUCGGUGCACGUUAUGCAGGGGAGGCGUUAAGCGUUUGCCACGUGUGGGACGCUAGUUGGCGCGUCAGAAACACGCGUACGGCCAUUAACGCUACUAUCCUUCUCUGCCCUGAAGAACAGCACACCGAAUCGACUUCACAUCCAUUUCAGGAUGUACCGGAAACAACGGCGUCUGAGAACAGCGCCAGUUCCAGCGCCAGCGACAACGGUGACGACCACCGUGGUGCGUUGCCGAGCAGCUCGUCUAGCGAAGAGACACCCAGCCGUGAAGAAGGGGUGGGGGACGUGGUGAGCAGUAUCUCAGAUCGGCCGCUGACUGGGGAAUGGGAAAGCACAACGAUCCCGGGCAGGCUGAGCAACCUGCGAAAAGCACCAAAGGACCUGCCCGCUGGAUUCAGGUUCAGGGCCGCACUUCAUCACGAAGUAGCAGAUUGUACGCCCUCUAUAAGCGGAUAUAAAAGGCUCGAGGAGAUGGUGAGGGUGUACCACAUCCCCAAAACCAUACUGCUGCGGACUGGCGGGCAGAACGAAAGGGCGUGCACGGUGUCGCGGACGGGCUGGAUCCCAGUAUAUGCGGACCACUUUGACGCCGGCCUGCGGUUUCCCCUGCCUGGCCUGGUGUUCGAUCUGCUCGCAGAAUACGAGCUGGCGCUGACGCAGCUAACGCCCAACAGCAUAAGGUUCAUCAUGGGCUUUAUGCUGUUGUGCGCAAGACUGGAGGUGCCAGCGAAAGCGAUAGUGUUCAGGGACAAGAGCCAGCUCUUCAAAAACGUGAGGAACAAAGUGGCGAGGUGGAAGAGACAAUUUAUUUUUGUUCGCGACACACGAGCAGAAAGGAUAAGCAAUGACCUCGCUGCCCGGCUGUCUGAGUGGCGCACGCCAAACGCCCACAUCAACUAUCCACAGCUGCUGCCGCGGGAUGUAGAUCUGAAAAACCAGCUGCUUAAGUAUGCGCAGGGGGAGGGUUUGAUAGAUCUAGAGGCCCUGGUUACCUCGGAGCAGCUCGCCGUGUUCGGGUUUGUCGAUGUGACAAACCUGAUCAGCGAAGAUAUAUUUUCAUCAUAUAACAUGGAUUCUAGCCGAGCUGAGGCUUAUACGUUUUUUUGUGCAGGAGAAAUGAGUAGCAUCUUGGAACGCCAGCGUCAGCGAGCCCAGAGUUCGCGAGGCCGCGCGCCGGGCAGCACACAACCCCGUCAGACAAGCAUCGGAGUGUCUACCACGAAAAUCACCCUCAAGGCUUUGCAUGUUUAUUGGACAAGAAGAUCUGAGCAAAGAAGGCCUUGAAGGUUUUCAGCAACAACAGAUGUCAAAUGGCAUAGGAGAUAGUUAUUGUUUUGGUCGCUGCCAUUAAGGAGUCUUGUUAUUGGUGUUGCGAUGAACGGAUCAAUGUGAUGGUGGUUAGGGGUUGCUGUGGUCCUUUUUAGUAAGUUGGACCUCCAAAGGAUUGUGGUGUUGCCAUCAAAUUUUGUUCGUUGGUGUGGGUUGCACUGGUUAGUGGUGGAAGGGGUGGUAGGUGUUGUUUUGGGCAGUUUGUUUGUGGAGGUGGUGUUUCAUGGGGGAACAUUUUUAUGUUCCCAUUCUAGGUGAUUGCUAUCAUAAAAAGCUAUUAUUGGUGUUGGGUGUGCCAUAAUAGUUUAUAACUAACACUGAACGGGCAGGAGAGUAACUAAGCAUGCUGUAUCGUAUUUAGCUAUUCUUUUCUAGUGUUUUUUUAUUAUUUGGGCUAUUUUUGUGCCUCAAAGUUGUUAUUAAUUGUAGCAGAUAAGAGUGACAGUUUUGCUAGAUUGCCUCUUUCACCGGUAUAAAAUUUUUUUUAAUGU